AUGCAGAUAUUCUUAAAUAGCCUAAAAAGAAAGAAUACUACUUUUGGACAAUAUACCUUAGAAUCAUCUAAACUACAACAGAAUUUAGAAAAUAAAUCAAGUAAUAUUAAAAAAAGAAUUAAAGAGUUAGCAAUAAAUUAUAUAGCUCUAGUAACUAAGAUAAAUAGUUCAGAAAAUAAUCAGCUUCAAAGAGAUUUCAAGAAAGAACAAAGAAGAGGAUCUAAAUAUUAUCAGUAUAGUGAGAUUAGAUAUUAUAUACAAGAUUGUUUAUUUAAGAAAAUAAAUAUUACUAGAUAG